ACCCAACUCAAAGCAAACAUUAGUUCCAAACACGUCAAUAGGGGUAACUCAAGUGCCAAAAGAGUGGCAUUGACGAUUUCUGAGACUAGCAGCAACGAUAUGCAAGGAGGAUCAACAGGCAUCGGCUAUGGCCUCAAGUAUCAGGCUAGGUGCAUCUCCGAUGUGAAAGCCGACACUGAUCACACCAGUUUCCUCGCCGGAACGCUUAGCCUUAAAGAAGAAAACGAGGUGCACCUGAUUCGUCUCUCAGCAGGCGGCACCGAACUGAUCUGUGAGGGUCUGUUUUCUCAUCCUAAUGAAAUAUGGGAUCUUGCUUCUUGCCCCUUCGAUCAACGCAUCUUCUCCACUGUCUUUUCUUCCGGUGAGACGUAUGGGGCAGCGAUAUGGCAGGUUCCUGAGCUAUAUGGGCAGUUAAAUUCACCGCAGCUGGAAUUGAUGGCUUCUCUUGAUGCACACAAUUCAAAGAUUAGAUGCACACUUUGGUGGUCAUCUGGAAGGCAUGACAAGUUGGUUACCAUUGACGAACAAAAUGUUUUUCUGUGGAGCUUUGAUACAUCAAAAAAGACUGCCCAAGUGCAAUCACAAGAAUCAGCCGGCUUGCUUCAUUCUCUAUCUGGGGGAGCUUGGGACCCACAUGAUUAUAAUGUGAUCGCUUUAACAUGUGAUGCGUCAGUUCAAUUUUGGGAUCUGCGUGCAAUGAAGAAAACAGGUUCAAUUGAGCAUGCUCAUGUACGAAAUGUAGACUACAAUGCUAAAAAAGAGUAUGUGCUUGUAACAGCUGAAGAUGAAUCUGGUAUACACAUAUGGGACCUUAGAAUGAUGACCCGCCCCAUCCUAGAGCUCCCCGGACAUGCUCACUGGACAUGGAAUGUGAAAUGCAAUCCUGAAUAUGAAGGCUUACUUCUGAGUUCUGGAACUGAUUCUGCAGUGAAUUUGUGGUUGACAUCUACUAGUGGUGCAGACCUAGCUUCUGAGAGCCUGGAGUCCUCCACUAAUCAGGUGGAUCCGUUACUAAAUUCAUUUAGUGACUAUGAAGACAGUGUCUAUGGUCUUGCUUGGAGCUAUCGAGAACCAUGGAUGUUUGCAUCAUUAUCUUAUGAUGGGAGGGUGGUUGUGGAAUCCAUAAAGCCUCAUCUUCAAAGAAGAUGAAGGGUGGGAGAGCAUUAUAGGCACCAGUUUUGAAGGUGCAUUAUUGGGUUCAAGGCUUUCUUAUUGUAAUUGCUGUUUAGCCUUCUCCUACAUUUCUCACUAUACGAGAUUGGAGUGUGCCCUCCCUCAUACUGUGAGUAGUCUGUGAUAGUGCUUUCCUUUUAUUUCCUUUGACAGCGCAUUUUUUGUUCAUUUCGAAGUUGAAGCUCAAUUAUUCAUGCCACUUGCAGAGCUGCAAUGACUGUAAUGUGAGUCGUGGUAUUUCAGCAUCCUAGCUUUUGUGUUGAAUGAUGUAAUGGUCAUCGUACCUUUGUGUCAUAGCAUGUUUACAUUUCGAUUAAAGAAAAAGAUUCUGUAUCGGGAAGCAAUGUAUGCUACUACUGAUUCUUUUUAUAAACUACUUCUGUUACUAAAUUAAUACGCACUUCUGUUAAGGAAAUGAAAACAGUUUGCUUGAGAUUUAUUCAGGAGAGAAAAAUAUUAUGAAUCACAUAUAGCUUUUAUAUAUA